AUGGCUGCAUUGUCUGAUUUGAGAGCAUCUGAAAUCCAAUUCGACAUGACUAUUGGACCUAUUGAAGAAUCUUAUGCAUUACUGAAUCGUUAUGAAUUGUACUUCAAUGAUGGUAAUGCAGAACGUGUAGACGCUUUGUCGUAUGGCUUCUCGAAGUUGAAAAGUCAAAGCCAACAGGUGCAAGAUCAUCUUCUAGAAAUCCAACCUACGUUUAAGAAUGAACUGAUCGAAGGACUUGAAGUAUAUAAACAAAGUGUAGAUACAUUUGUCAAUGAAUAUGAUAUGGGUGGGCCAAUGGAACCUGGUAUUGUCCCCCGCGAAGCAUCAGAUCGUCUGAGUUUGUUUCAAGCACGUUUCGACGACCUAUGGCGUAAAUAUCAAACUUAUUCAGGCGGUGAAGAAUUAUUUGGUAUGGCUGUAACGGAUUAUCCCGAUUUACAAAGAGUUCGAAAAGAAUUAAAUCUACUGCAAAAAUUAUAUCAGUUAUAUGAUUCAGUACUGGAUACUGUCAACGGCUACUAUGACAUUCCAUGGACAGAUGUAGACAUUGAUUCAAUAAACCAACAGUUAUUAGAUUUUCAGAAUAGAUGCCGGAAAUUACCCAAGGCACUUAAAGAGUGGCAAGCGUACACAGAGCUUAGUAAAACAAUAGAUGAUUUCAACGAGGCAUGUCCUUUGCUGGAAAUGAUGGCUAAUAAAGCGAUGGCUGUCAGACAUUGGGAAAGAAUAGAAGAAUUAACAAAACAUAAGUUCGAUGUGGAGUCGGAUAACUUUUUAUUACGCAAUAUUAUGGAGGCACCACUAUUAAAAUACAAAGAAGAUAUUGAAGAUAUUUGUAUCUCAGCAGUUAAAGAAAAGGAUAUUGAAGCUAAGCUGAAAACUGUCAUCAAUGAUUGGUCAAGUCAAAACUUUCAAUUCAGUCAAUUCAAAACACGUGGUGAACUAUUGCUUAAAGGUGAUAGUAUCGGUGAAGUUGUCGCUCUCAUGGAAGAUUCUUUAAUGAUGUUAGGAUCAUUAAUGUCAAACCGAUACAAUGCACCGUUUAAACCUAAAAUACAGGAAUGGGUUCAAAAAUUGACUACAACUAGUGAAAUCAUUGAAAAUUGGUUACAAGUACAAAAUUUAUGGAUUUAUUUAGAAGCAGUAUUUGUUGGUGGUGACAUAGCUAAGCAGUUACCUCAAGAAGCUAAGCGUUUUGGUAAUAUUGAUAAAAGUUGGCAGAGAAUUAUGCAAAGAGCUCAUGAGAUACCAAAUGUUGUUAACUGUUGUACAGGUGAUGAUACACUGAGUCAACUAUUGCCACAUUUAUUAGAACAGUUGGAAUUGUGUCAGAAAUCAUUAACAGGCUAUUUAGAGAAGAAACGUCUUGUCUUCCCAAGAUUCUUUUUUGUCUCAGAUCCUGCAUUAUUGGAAAUUCUUGGCCAAGCAUCUGAUUCACAUACUAUUCAGGCGCAUUUAUUAAAUGUUUUUGAUAAUACCAAAAAUGUUACAUUUGAUGAUAAAGUUUAUGAUAAAAUUUUGGCGGUCAAUUCACAAGAAGGGGAAAGUAUUCAGUUAAUGAAUCCAGUUAUGGCACAAGGUAAUGUUGAAGUAUGGCUUGGUGAUUUAUUACAAAUGUCUAGAAGUUCACUUCACUCUGUCAUUAAAUCAGCAUAUUUUGCUAUCAAUGAUCAACAGUUCAAUUUGCUAGAAUUUGAAAAUUCUUAUCCAGCUCAAGUUGGCCUACUUGGCAUUCAAAUGCUAUGGACAAGAGAUGCACAAGAAGCACUAAGACAAGCAAAAAAUGAUCGGAGAAUUAUGAACACAACAAAUCUUUUCUUCUUAGAAAUAUUAAAUGAGUUAAUCGGUGUUACAACACAAGAACUAUCAAAAAUUGAUCGUACAAAAUUCGAAACUUUGAUCACAAUACAUGUGCAUCAACGUGAUAUAUUCAAUGAUCUUGUCCAAAUGAGAAUUAAAUCACCAAAAGACUUUGAAUGGUUGAAACAAUCAAGAUUUUAUUUCAAUGAAGAAAACGAUCAGUGUAUUGUUAGCAUUACCGAUGUGGAUUUCAUCUACCAAAAUGAAUUUUUAGGAUGUACAGAUCGACUGGUCAUCACACCAUUAACUGACAGAUGUUACAUUACUCUAGCUCAAGCUCUUGGCAUGUCACUUGGUGGUGCACCUGCUGGACCAGCUGGUACAGGUAAAACAGAGACAACUAAAGAUAUGGGUCGUUGUCUUGGUAAAUAUGUUGUUGUCUUCAAUUGUUCUGAUCAAAUGGAUUAUCGUGGAUUAGGCCGAAUUUAUAAGGGAUUAGCACAAUCAGGAUCAUGGGGUUGUUUUGAUGAAUUCAAUAGAAUUGAGUUACCUGUAUUGUCUGUUGCUGCACAACAAAUUGCAAUUGUACUAACGUGUAAAAAAGAAAGAAAAUCGCAGUUUAUAUUUACUGAUGGGGAUACGGUUGAUAUGGAUCCUGAAUUUGGAAUAUUCUUAACUAUGAAUCCUGGCUAUGCCGGUCGGCAAGAAUUACCAGAAAAUUUGAAAAUUAACUUCCGUACAGUGGCAAUGAUGGUGCCAGACAGAGCAAUUAUUAUGCGAGUUAAAUUGGCAGCCUGCGGUUUCUUGAACAAUGUAGACUUAUCUAAGAAAUUCUACACACUUUAUAAACUUUGCGAAGAACAAUUAUCUAAACAGGUACAUUAUGAUUUCGGCUUAAGAAAUAUCUUAUCAGUUCUACGUACCCUAGGUGCAUUUAAACGCUCUAAUCCACAAGAUUCUGAGACAAUGAUUGUUAUGCGUGUAUUGCGUGACAUGAAUUUAAGUAAACUAGUCGAUGAAGAUGAACCAUUAUUUAUGUCCUUAAUCUUGGAUUUAUUCCCUGGAAUGCAAUUGGAUAAGAAAGGUUAUCCUGAAGUCGAAGCUUCAUUAGAAAAACAAGCAUGGUAUUUUAAGAAGUACAUUGUAAGCAUCCUUGAAUAUCCAUUCAAAUAUCAGCUUCCUAGUGUCGAAUGUUUAAAGGAUUCAAUCACUUUAAGAGCAAACGCAGGGGGAGUCAUAAAUGACCAACUUGGUCUUAUAUAUCAUCCACCAUGGGUGUUAAAAUGUAUUCAACUUUAUGAAACUCUCAGAGUUCGUCAUGGUGUGAUGACCCUCGGACCAUCUGGUGCUGGUAAAACAAAGUGCAUCAAAUCCUUGAUGAAAGCAAUGACUGAAACUGGUGAUCCACAUCGAGAAAUGCGCAUGAAUCCAAAGGCUAUUACCGCACCACAAAUGUUUGGGAGAUUAGAUGUGGCCACAAAUGACUGGACUGAUGGUAUCUUUUCAACUUUGUGGAGACGUACGCAUAAAGUUAAAAAAAGGUGA